UUUUACACGUUAAUAUUUGAAUUAGCACAUGACAUCAUCUCAGGUAAGGCUAGUCUGUCACUGUACUUGAUAGAUGUUUCUUCCAGAAGUGGCAGAGUGCUAAAAAUGGCCUCUGCCCUCCCAAAGGUUGUUGCUUGUUCACUGAAGCAGGGUGUCAGUCUUUGACUUAAACUUUUAUUGCACGGCGAUCCCUUUCUUCCACUGUGACCACACAUGUCUGACUGCUGAUCAAAUUGUCUGUAUUCGUUUCACCUUUCCCCAACUCUCUGUUAGGUUCUGAGCUCAUGCCCAAAGCGCUCUCCACCAGGAUAGUGGGAGGCAUUUGGUGGUUUUUCACACUUAUCAUCAUUUCUUCGUAUACUGCUAACCUAGCCGCCUUUCUGACCGUGGAGCGCAUGGAAUCUCCCAUUGACUCUGCUGAUGAUUUAGCUAAGCAAACCAAAAUAGAGUAUGGAGCAGUAGAGGACGGCGCAACCAUGACAUUCUUCAAGAAAUCCAAAAUCUCAACAUAUGAUAAAAUGUGGGCAUUUAUGAGCAGCAGGAGACAGUCUGUGCUUGUCAAAAGCAAUGAGGAAGGGAUCCAACGAGUCCUCACCUCGGAUUAUGCUUUCUUAAUGGAGUCAACAACCAUCGAGUUCGUUACCCAGCGGAACUGUAACCUCACACAGAUUGGCGGCCUUAUAGACUCUAAAGGCUAUGGCGUUGGCACUCCCAUGGGUUCUCCAUAUAGAGACAAAAUCACCAUAGCAAUUCUUCAGCUGCAAGAGGAAGGCAAGCUGCACAUGAUGAAGGAGAAGUGGUGGCGUGGCAAUGGCUGCCCAGAGGAGGAGAGCAAGGAGGCCAGUGCUCUGGGGGUUCAGAAUAUUGGUGGUAUCUUCAUUGUCCUGGCAGCCGGCUUGGUGCUCUCAGUUUUUGUGGCAGUGGGAGAGUUUUUAUACAAAUCCAAAAAAAACGCUCAAUUGGAAAAGAUAACUACUGAGUGGUACAACGUUUAA